AAGGUCCAGCUUGGUGAUCUUUUUUCUAUCUGUCAUCCUUGAUCGCACCCACCGAUUCUUUCUCCUUCCAGAUCAAAGCUCGUUCCCAGCUGCGUAUUUCCGGCCUUUUCCCAUCCGCAUACUGGUUUGGACAAGCCCUGGUGGACGUCGCCCUCUCUUGGCUCCUCCUUUUCCUGAUGAUCGCCAUCCUGUUUGGGUUCAGCCAUACCAUCCAUCUGUCGUUCCGUAACGCGGUGCUCCUUAUUGUGGAAGUUUUGGGUUACGGCAUGGCCAUGGUCCUCUAUGUUUACCUGAUCACAUUGGUGUUCGGGAGGAAGAAGAUUCAUCAUGACCGAUGGUCCUUCUUCUUCAUCUUGUCCUGUAUUCCCCCUAUAUUCUACGUGCUAAUUCGAAUCUUCAGUGCGCCGUUGGACAAAACCUAUUUCAUCUACUUGGUCUUGGUGCCGCCCAGCAAUUUGAUGGCGUUUUUUAUCGUAUUGCUGUAUCUUCAUCAAAGUUCUGACCCUGAUCUGACAUUUGUGUAUGGCUUCUUGGUGACUCCGUAUGCACAGACUAUCGUAUUCUGGGGCCUCCUGUGGUUCUUGGAAUGGUGGAUUGGAACCAGAAGUUUAAAACAAGAUCCAGUAUUCAGAUUCAGGAAGAGAGAACACCCAUUUACCCAGAAUCCCGAAGAGCUGGACGACGCGGAUGAGGACGUCCUGGCUGAGAAAGAAAGGGUUAACACUUUGAAAACAACAGAUCAGGAGGAGGAGAAGCCAACCAUCCUUGUGGACAGUUUGCGGAAAGAGUUUAAGGAGAAGUCAGGCUUCUGUAGACUCUUCAGUAGACUCUUCAGGAAGACGAAGAAGAGAACGGCCAUCAGUCACACCUCGUUCUGCGUCAAGAAAGGUGAAGUCCUGGGACUGCUGGGCCCCAACGGAGCCGGCAAGACCACAUCUGUGCUGAUUCUGGCGGGGGAGAUGAAGCCGACAGCUGGACAGGUGGUUCUGGGCAAUGCAGGAAACCCCCACAGGAAUGAAGACUCUGCAGCCUUGGGCUACUGUCCCCAACACAACCCUCUGUGGCCCAACUUCACUGUGAAGGAACAUCUGGAGAUCUAUGCCGCUGUGAAGGGCAUGAAUAAAGAGGACACAAACCGCGCUAUCAAACGGGUGAGUGAAGCUCUGGAGAUGAAGGAGCAUCUCAAUAAACCAGCCAAGAAGUUGUCAGCCGGGGUCUCCAGAAAGGUGUGUUUUGCCAUCAGCAUGCUGGGUAAUCCCACCAUCGUUCUCCUGGAUGAACCUUCAACUGGUCUGGAUCCAAAAGGACAACAAAGACUUUGGAGAGCCAUCCGAGCGGCCUUCAAGAACAGGGAACGGGGCGCCAUCCUGACCACACACUAUAUGGAGGAGGCCGAGGCUGUGUGUGACCGCGUGGCAAUCAUGGUGUCAGGAAAACUCAGAUGUAUCGGCUCCAUCCAGCAUCUGAAGAGUAAAUUCGGUAAAGAUUACCUCCUGGAGAUCAAACUGAAGGACACCCAGCAGGUCGAUGUCAUCCACCAGGAGGUCCUCCGCCUCUUCCCACAAGCCUCCAGGCAGGACAGGUUCUCCUCUUUGCUGGUCUAUAAGAUCCCAAUGGAUAACAUCCAGUCUCUGUCCCAGGCCUUCCUUCACUUGGAGAAUGCUAAACAAACGUAUCACUUCGAGGAGUACAGCUUCUCCCAGUCCACCCUCGAGCAGGUUUUCCUGGAGUUGGCCAAAGAACAGGAGAAGGAAGACUUCCACCUAGAUUCCUCAUUCCGAUGGAAACAACUGAGGAGCGAAGAGAUCUAA